AUGUCUUCCACGCCCAGAAAACGAAAGGCCGAAGCGAGUAGCAGCACCAAUGCCACCAGCACAAAGAAGAAAACUACAUCUACCGCUACGGCUGCGACGGUAUCCAACUUCUUCAAACCGGCAUCCCAAAAGGAGCCGGAGCCAACGGCGUGGAGACUGGUCUCAAAGUCGCUGUUGGUCGGAAAGUAUCAACCCAAGGGGACAGUCGGGAUUGAUGUAGCCGCGGCGGGGAAAGUCAAGAUUGCUGGAUUCGAUCUGGACUCUACCCUCAUCUCCACACUUUCGGGAAACAAGUUCGCCAAAGACGCUACGGACUGGAAAUGGUGGGAUCCGUCUGUGCCGACCCGGCUUAAAUCGCUGCAAGCCGAAGGCUACCAGCUCGUCAUCUUCACGAACCAGAACGGCAUUCCCGACCCGGCCAAAGAGUCGGUACGCCUAACGACGUUCAAGACGAAGCUCGCGGCAAUCUUUAAGACGUUGGAUAUACCAGGUAUGUUGGUGUAUGCAGCGACGGCGAAUGAUCAGUUUCGGAAGCCGAGGCCGGGAAUGUGGGAGGAGCUCUUAGACGAUCUGGACUGCGAUGGGGCAGUACCGGAGAGGGCUGUUGAGUUGAAGAAAAGCUAUCUAGUUGGUGAUGCGGCGGGGAGAGAGGGCGACUUCUCAGAUACGGAUCGGAACUGGGCAAUUAAUCUCAAAAUCGGGUUUCACACGCCUGAGGAAUACUUUCUUUCACAAGCUCCAAAACCUAUGUCCCACAGGUUUGACCCAGCACUCUACACAGCCCCUUCCACCGGUAGUAGCAGUAUCGAAUCUUCGUUCACCCCCAACCCCCAGUCUCAAGAGGUCGUUCUUUUAUGUGGCUCUCCCGGCAGCGGCAAGUCCACGUUCUACCGGCGCCAUCUCCUUCCCCACGGCUAUGCGCACAUCAACCAAGAUACCCUCAAGACCAAGCCGCGCUGCCUUAAGACCGCGCUGCCACGCGCAAGCUCAGACGAGGCACUGUGUAUGCAUAACGCUGCUGUGAGGGCGUUUGGUGGGGCUUUGGUGAACCCGGAGGGGAGGGAAAUGUUGCCGAGGAUAGCGUUUGCCGGGUUUAAAGGAAGGUUUGUAGAGCCGAAGGUGGAAGAAGGUUUUGCGGAAGUUUCUAGAGUGGCGUUUAGGUGGGAGGGUGGGGAGGAGGAGAGGGGUGUCUGGAGUAGGUUUUGGACUUAG